ACGGGCAGCAAUUUCGUUAUUAUUUUGCCGUCUCAUGCGUAGUUUUUGUGCUGGAAUUUGUUAGAGAAAGAAAAAACAAUAAUAAAGAGUUUCUUUCAUUCCAAACAAAAUAAAGUGGACAAUAAUUUCGUUGCCGGUUGCGCAUUGCGCUGACACCGCACAAAGAAUUACUGUGGCAUUAUAUGAACAUUGAGUUACAAUUUUACGCUGUGUGCUAUCUGGUGUUAAAAGUAUCCGAAACAUUUGCUGUUGGUUGCGUAAAAGAGGACUGCGCAUAUAAUGGAGGACCUCACCAAGAAUAUAAUAUUUACAACGAAUGCCAUUAAUGGGCAGCCGGCAACCAUACAGUAUCAAACAGCAGAUGGCACCAUACUGAAACAACCGAAGAUUGAGGGUCAGAAAGCUGAACAGCCUACUUUCUACUACACAACAAAUGGCAACGCCGCCACUGUCAACUUGGCACAGCUUGCCACAACAGAUGACAACAAGACUUGCUAUAUAGCACAGCCCGUGGGUGGAUACAACUAUGCUCUUGUCAAUGGUAUGCCGCUUAACCAGGGCACCGCUUUGGGCAUAGCCACAGUAGAUGCACAGGGUCGCAUACAGAUUGUAAAUCAAAAUAAGCCCAUAGCAGCGUCUUUCUCCACACAUCCACAGACUAUAUCGCCGCUGCAGAACACAAUAUCCAAUAUUAGUUUCAAGUGCGAUGUCUGUGCGGCCAUGUUUCCACAUUUAGCGCUCCUCAACGCCCACAAGCGUACCCAUACUGACGGCACGGAUCAACAGCAGCAGCACAACGCUCAGCAACAGGACGCUAUAACGGUAGUGAACGCGCAGGGUCUGGUGCAAACACAGAACAUUAUAACUGAGAAUGGCCAAAUGGGCCAGAUACAAAUUGUGUCUUCCGAUGCACUCGAGCCAGUUCAGCAAUCUGUGAUGCAGCAACAACAGCUUCAACAGGCUCCACAGCAGCAGCAGCACGACUCGGGAAACCAAAAGGGUAUGCAUACCAGUAAGUGCAUCAGUUGCGGUAAUGCCAUAAUGCAGCAAUCAAAGCGCAAAGGCCAGAAACAAGUGCGUUGCGAGACCUGCAUGCAAAAUGAACAGGCGGGGCAGCAACAGCAACAACAGCAGCAACAGAUUUUUGUCACACCCGAUGGUUCAAUGGCACACCCUGUCCAAAUCAUAUCAACCACACCGCAAGCGCAAGCGCAGCUGCAACAGAUUGUGGCACAACAGACUGGCACCACAGGCACCACACCCAAACGUGAAACAACAACAACACCAGCUGGCCAUCAUCCUGUCAAGAAACGCAAUUCCCAGCAGCUGACAAAAUGCCAAAAGUGCAAUGGGUCCGGGGUUGUUAUGGUCGGCCAACAGCAACCGCAGCAGACGCAUAACGCGGGCACAUCCGUCAAGCAAUCACCAGUGACUGUGAAAUCAGAGAAUCCAAACAAACCACAUGUCUGCAACAUUUGCGGAGGCCUCUUCUCCCGUUAUUCCAGUUUGUGGUCGCACAAAAAGCUACACAGUGGUGAAAAGAACUAUAAGUGCACAAUCUGCGGAUUGGCCUUUGCUAAAGCAGUCUAUCUGAAGAAUCAUGCGCGCAUACAUACUGGUGAAAAGCCUUACAAAUGUCAAACGUGUGGCAUGCAGUUCUCACAGUCGCCGCAUCUCAAGAAUCACGAACGGACCCACAGCGGCGAACGUCCAUAUGUGUGUGGUGUGUGUGAUAAGGGCUUUGCCCGUCAUGCCACGCUCUGGAACCAUAGACGUAUUCAUACUGGUGAAAAGCCUUACAAGUGUGAAAUAUGCGGCUCAGCAUUCUCACAGGCGGCUCAUCUCAAGAACCACGCCAAGGUGCACUCUGGCGAAAAACCAUACAAAUGUGAAAUCUGCUCAGCCGCCUUUGCUGAUCGCUUUGCACUUAAGCGUCAUCGCGGCAUACAUCAGAAAUACGGACAGACUGCGCCACGGCAACCCGCCGGAACCGAUAGCAUGGUGGUACACAAGCAGGAACUCCCCGAUAUGGAUGACGAUGCGCAGACGGAGGUUAUCAUCGGAGGCUUAUAGAUAAGAGCAACAAACGCUAACAGCAAUGCAAAAACGUCGACAACAACCACAACGCACCCCAGUGCAGAGUAUUCAAAUCAGCAACAGCAGUACGGGCCGCAAAAUUAUCAGCAGACAGCUGGAGGAUACUACUACCAGUCCCAAUCCCAACAACAGCUGCAUUGCGGCGACACCGCAUUCAAUGCAACGACGCCCUAUUGAGAUAUAGAGAGCAUGCAAAUUAUUAAAUGUAAAUAAUCUGGCAUGAUGGAUCGUAUUAGCAUUACUAUUUAGGACACAAAUAAGGAUAAACAUAUAGAUUUCCGUUCUUUUUCGUAGGUAUAAUUUUUUAAGAUCCACGAAUUUGGGUAAUAUUUUUGAAAAAAUAUAAUCCUAACAAUGCUAUUUGUUUCUGUAAACAAACGAAAAUAACAUAAUUUAUUCAUACAAUGUAAAUUAGCAAUUUUCCCGAAUUAUGUCUAAGUGUUAUAGCAUAUUUCGAUAAAUUAAAAUAGACCCAUAAUUACACGAAAAUAGCGGUUAGUGGGCGGGGCAGCACAGCAUCUAAAUUACGUUCGUUAGAAUGUGUAAGGGCACAUAACUGCAUAAUUAAACCCUUGCGUUUGCAAAACAAUAUUAGUAUUAAGUGCGAACAGUUUAAAUACAAUUUAUAUGUACAUAUAAAUAAGUAUUAUAACAACAUAACUUAAACAAAUAAAUGCAUAUUUGAAUACAAA